AAACUGAGUGAAGGGUUUGAGUUGAUUAGGGUUUUACAGAGAGAAGGAGCAAUGAGCAGGAGUUUAGGGAUACCGGUAAAGCUGCUUCACGAGGCAUCUGGUCAUAUAGUGACGGUGGAGCUGAAGAGCGGAGAGCUUUAUAGAGGAAGCAUGUUGGAGUGCGAAGAUAACUGGAAUUGUCAGCUCGAGAACAUUACUUACACUGCUAAGGAUGGAAAGGUUUCACAGCUUGAGCAUGUUUUCAUUAGAGGCAGCAAAGUCAGGUUUAUGGUUAUACCAGAUAUGCUAAAGAAUGCUCCUAUGUUCAAGCGUCUUGAUGCGAGAAUCAAAGGCAAGAGCGCAUCACUCGGAGUUGGCAGGGGUAGAUCUGUUGCUAUGCGGGCUAAAGCUCAAGCUGCUGGCCGUGGAGCCCCUGGUAGAGGCACUGUACCACCUGUUAGGAGGUGAAGGUCAUAUUACUUGAUGGAAUUUUUCUUUUGUUGUCUGCUCAAGUAUGUAGGACCCUGCUCUUGAUAUCCUCAAUUUGGGUUAAUUUUUUUGACGAGGAGUGGGAGAUCUUAUUACCUGCACUAUAGUGUGACUUAUCAAUCUUGUAUGCCUGUAUUGGAUAGUUCUAAAAUUGAUACAAUUGUGUGCUGUGCAUAUUAUGCUGUUCCUGA